CUUCCUCCCAAAGAAACCUCUUCAAAACCUCUCCCUCUUCUCCCCCUUCUCCCCCACCCUCAUCCCCCUUCCCCUCUCAUUUUUCCUAUUCAGCCCCCGGAGCUUCACCCCUCUCCAUUAUGGAGGACUGCCUCAGGGAGUCCAUGCGUAAAUUAGCCGUUUGGUUCACCAAAACCUUCAAGCCAAUCAUGACGCACGACGAGCUCGAACCUAUCAUGGCUACUCUAGGCUUUAUCGCCCUAGAACCCGCCGUCAACGGCGCCGGAAUCUCCUGGAAAUCCUAUAAAUACUCCGCCGCUGAUUGCCGCACCAAGUCGGUUUCUCCUUCCCCGCCAACGCCGCGACUUCCGUAUCCGAGAAUCGACGGUCUUCACAUUUAUACUUACAGAGCAUUUCUCGACGCCGUCAAUUUCUAUCUCGAGAAGUUUGAUAUCUCCGAUCUCUUCCAUAUUAGAGGUUUGCCAUUGUAUCGAAACCAUGAUCGAAAUAGGAAGUGGCGUCGAAUGGACGAAGAAGGCGGUAAUUUUGUUUACCGAGAAGGAACUUUAGAUCAAACAACCCUCAGUCUUUAUAAUUUCCAUAAGGUCAAUAACCAGAAUAAUAAGAGAUACAAAAAGUACGAUAGUAUUACCAAUGACGAAGAAAACAACGAUCGCAGUAGAAUGACUGAAGAUAGUACAGAAGAAGAUUCCAUUUGCAUUGUUAGUUUGAAAGAUGUAAUUACGUAGAAAGGGAGACUGGAAAACAACACAUCAGAAACAAUUUUGGCAUAUUUUCCCAUUGGCUAAUCCCAAACAUGUAUUCUUUAAUUAUUUGAUGUCUUGUGAGAGAUUAUUAAUUAGAGUUUCUAAGUCAUACACAUGAACAAAAUUUUGCAAAGCUAAUUGGAAAGAGAAAAUAGUGUGGCUGUGAAUGAAUUUUGAUGUGGAUAGUUUGCCUUUCCUUUGUUUACAAUAAUAGUUUUUGGAUCUUUUGUAAGCUCA